UUUUCUGGAACAUCCUAUCAGUUGGCGGUUAGUUGUCUCACAUUAACUAGUAGUCGGCGCUUCAUUUGAAGCUAGCUACUAGCUUUGGCAUUCCAGCAGGCUGGAAUUCAGGCUUUAGCUACAGGACACAAAACAUAACAACAACGCUACAGUUUGCGCCGUGGGUUAACUGACAAAAGACUUAUUUAAACCGCUGUACGCUGGUAACGUUUCAGUGAAUACGUGGAGAAUUUAUUGGAAGUGAUGCAGCGCUUUGCAUCAAAGUUAUCCCGCUGGAGCUCUUUUAAUAACAGAGCCCAACCCAGAUGUGACCAACAGCAACACGGGCCAGCCUCGUAAUUGUCCACUGGCUAACGCUUUAUGCUCUCAUUUGAGGGUAUAAAUGUGAAGAUGGAAACAGAAGAGCGUGGGUGUGUGAGACCUUGAAGUCUCGUGCUGAUGUUUGACAGCUGCAGCUUUCUACAGUCACAUUGAGACACAGGGUGAUCAGGGUGGUGGGGGAAGGCCGUAUCCCCCCAUCCUAAUCUAGUCCCCCAACCAUGGACAAACAGGGACCCAUCACUACACCAGGCAAAUCAAGUGGGCUAAAGCCUCCCAGUAAAAUAGCCCGUCCAUCCGCAGUACUAUCUAGGACGUCCCUGUCAUCUGGUGCUCCAAAGCCAGUUCCUCCUGAAAAGUCCUUGUCAGUUGUGACCUCCCCAACACAAGAUGUGCACACAGACUUUAAGAUCGGCGACAGGGUCUGGGUGAACGGCAGCAAGUCCGGCUACGUUCAGUUUGUCGGAGGCACCCAGUUUGCUCCCGGACAGUGGGCGGGCAUCGUCCUGGACGAGCCCAUCGGGAAGAACGACGGGUCGGUAGCGGGCGUGCGCUACUUCCAGUGUGAGGAUGGACGGGGCAUUUUCACACGAUCGUCCAAGCUAUCCAGGACGCCGCUGCCAACGAAGGAGGCCAAUGGAGGGCAGGCCAGCCUGGUACAAGCAGCCCACACAACAAGCAAGGCUGCACCAGCUGUCGCUGCCCCAAGUGCUCCAGUCACCGGUGUAAAGGCCAGUUCUGUCCUGAACCGUACAGUAAAUUCCACCGAGUCUGUGUCCAACCUGUCUGACCCCGACUCCCUGAAGAAGACCAGACAGGAGCUCAGGCUGGGAGACCGCGUUUUGGUCGGUGGAACAAAGGCAGGGGUGGUGCGGUUUCUAGGAGAAACAGACUUUGCGAAGGGAGAGUGGUGUGGCGUGGAGCUGGACGAACCUCUGGGCAAGAAUGACGGAGCUGUAGCUGGAACUAGGUAUUUUCAGUGCUUGCCCAGGUACGGCCUGUUUGCUCCGGUCCACAAAGUGACACGGAUUGGCUUCCCCUGCACCACGCCCACCAAGGCGAAGAACUCCCUCAGGAGUUCCACUUUCAAGAGGAGUCCGAGCGCGUCCUCCGUCAGCUCCCUCAGCUCGGCAACCUCCUCCAUCAGCGGCAAACCCAGCCGGGCGGGACUGCUGACAGAAACAUCUGUGCGGUACGCUCGGAAGAUUUCGAGCACCACGGCGCUGCAGGAGGCGCUGAAGGAGAAGCAGCAGCACAUUGAACAGCUGCUGGCAGAGAGGGACCUGGAGAGGUGCGAGGUCGCCAAGGCAACCAGCCGCGCCGGAGAGGUGGUGCAGGAGCUGACUGUACUGAGGAAAGGGCGGGAUCAGUACGCACUGGAGAUGGAGGACAAGCUGGAUCAGUUGCGUUCUAUGGUGGAGGCCGCUGAUCGAGACAAGGUGGAGCUACUCAACCAACUAGAGGAGGAGAAGAGGAAAGUGGAGGACCUGCAGUUUCGUGUAGAGGAGGCAUGCAUCACCAAAGGAGACCUCGAGACGCAGACCAGGCUGGAGCAUGCCCACAUAAAGGAGCUUGAGCAGAGCCUGCUCUUUGAAAAGACCAAAGCUGAAAAACUCCAGAGGGAUUUAGAGGACACUAGGGUUGCGACGGUGUCUGAGCGCUCCAGGAUCAUGGAGCUGGAGAGGGAGGUGGCAGACUUCAAGCUCAGACUGCGGGCGUCCCAGCAGAAGGAGGACGCCGUGUCUCUGUCGCCGCAUCAGGUUGGCAGUCUCAACACCCAGGUUAAAUGCCAGGAGAAGCAGAUCAGUGAGCUAAGCGUCGACCUGGAGCACAAACAGAAGGAACUUCAGUUUGCACUGCAAGACAGGACGUCUUUACAGCAGCAGCUGUCCAGUCUGAGAUGCAAGCUGGAGGUUGCUGAGGAGGAGAACAGGGUCAUAGCAAAGACCAUGAAAGAGCUGGAGAAUACUGUGGAGCAGUCAAAGAAGGACUUCCAAACCCAGCGCAGAGAGAUGGAGCUGAAGUCCCAGCUGACAAAGGCAACGGAGAAGCUGGACAGAAUGAACGUGUCUUUAGUGCAGAUGACUAUAGAGAAGAAAGCUCUGGAGUCGCAGCGCGACACUUUGAAACAGCAGAACUCCAAAUACCAGGAGGAGCUGAGCCUGUCGAAGGAGCGCAGCGGCGCCGAGAGCCUCCGGAUCGGCAUCCUCUGCAAGGAAAUCAAGGAGCUGAAGCUGGCCUCCCAGAAGUCUCAGCGUCUGGACGAGCGCAAUGUGGACCGCAACGGUCAACAGCCAGACAUGAAGACCAGGCAUACUCAAGAGAAGAAGGGAGAUGCGGAUCUUCAGAAAUCCACGGGAGCUUUAAUCUCAGACAAAGACAGAGAACUGGAAACUCUGAGGAACGAGAUUGCCGUGCUGCGCGGAGAGAACGCCAUGGCCAAGACGCUGCAGUCGGCUGUGGAGACGCUGGAGAAGGACAAAGCUCAGCUGCAGAGUCGAGUUUGCACUUUAGAGCAAAGGCUGAUGGGAAGCCAAACCUCAGACUCCGAGAGCACGGAGGCUCCCCCAUCAGGCAAUCCUGUCCUGCAACAGCUGAAAGAAGAGAAAGAGUUCGCUGAGGGACAGAUCAACUUCCUGAACAGCGUGAUUGUGGACCUGCAGAGGAAGAACGAGGAGCUGAAGAUCAAGUUGAAGAAGCUGGUCUUGUCAGAGUUCAACGGAAACGACGGCACAGACGGGUUUGAGGAAGCGAUACCAAAGCGUAAAAAGAAGUCGGCUCCUCGUCUGUUCUGCGACAUCUGCGACUGCUUCGACCUCCACGACACGGAGGACUGUCCCACGCAGGCACAGAGCCCCGACUCCAUACCUCACACCACCUACCAUGGCAACCCGUCCGAAGAGCGGCCCUACUGUGACAUCUGCGAGGUGUUCGGCCACACCACCGAGUCGUGUAACGACGACCAGACCUUCUGAGGCGCUCCGCCGCCACCCUCCCGCUCCGUCGCCUGAUGCAUUUCUUACACUCCUGCUCCAAUAAAUCCCUCAGAUUACUUCCAUAAUGUAUUUUUAUACCGUGUUGAUGCGUAGAGCUGCGAUCGACUCUCCUAACCCUUUUGUUCCUCUGAGAGAUGGGGUUCUGAUUGCGGUGCAGAACGCUCCUCCAAAUACGCUUCGUCAGUGCAAUAUUGAUGUUUUUAUCAAAUGAAAUUUGCUUUCUGCACUCGUUUUUUUUUUUUUUUAUAUAUAUAUAUGUUUAGACGUUUUGUUUUUUUUUUUUACUAAGUGAAAGUGAUUUUCCACGUGUCGUUUCUAGGCUUUUGUUUUCUCAACAAAGUGAUGCAACUUAAUGAAGCACAGUUAAAACUGAAGGGAAACAAAGACCUGCACUGUUUUCGUUAACUAAUCAGCAGCACUGCCACAUGACGCAUAAAAUAAAUGAUUUAUGCUCAGUUUUAUUAGUUAACGUCUUGGUCCGGUUUAAACGAGGCUGAGUCAAAUCUAUUAAACACGAUGCAUAAGAGCGUAUAAAACAGUCCUUAAAGCACGUGAGGAAAAACUUUUAUUUAAGAAAAAAAUCUAACAAAUGUAACAACAAUAUUAUAAAGUUGAAAUGUGGAUAUUUUGUUUCAAGAGAGCAGCAAUAAUUCAGUGUGAAAAUCUUAAAUAGGAAUAUCUAAUUUUGCAUACAGGAAGACAAUAAUUGGAGCAAAAAGGGAAAGGAAACAACAAAAAACCAGAUUCAUAAAUUCAUAAGCUGUUGUCCAUUUGGAAGACGUCUUCUCCGCAUUUUGUUACGUUAUAACCACAAACUUUAAUGUUCUCUAGCAAACCUCUGGCACCGAGGAGCUUUAUUUACGCUGAGGCUCAAUAACACAGCUGGACUCUAUUUUCGUAUCAGAAUCUCUUGGAUCGGAUUUUAUUUUGGGGCAUCUGAGCGAUCAAGACUGAAUACGAAACUAUUUGUAAAAAUCGGCCUUUGUACAUCUAAAGACAAUUUGCUGCACCAAAUUUUAUUCUGGGGCAUUAAAGUGAAGAGAUUUGAAUAAAAAUAUAGAUUUCUACUUGUUAAUAAGAAAUGUCGGUUUUUCUUCCGGGUCUUUUUUUUGCUCCAUCUCAUAAAAUCCCAAUAAAACAUAAGAUUUGUGGUUUUAACAUUAGAACAUUUGAUGUUCAUUUGCAAAGCAUCAUUUUACAAAUCAGGCUUUGUAAUGAUGCUUAUCUUGAAACAUUUUCGUAUUCUGGAAAUAUUACAACUUUACCCUCUAAAUAUACCUUCAUAGCACAUUUUUUGAUCAAAAUAUCAGUGAUCCUCUAUGUAUCCUCGGAGCACAGUUAUUAUUUAACCAUUUUUAUUUCUGAAGCUAUGUCUUAUUACGAUUUAAAUUAUAUAUUUUUUAUUAACAGUUGCAUAUUUUUUUCGCAAUGUUACACCGUGUUUCUGGAAACAAACCAACUUUUCAAACCGUCGUAGUUUGACCAAUGUCAGCACUGAAUGGUACCUGAUGGAAGCGACGGGUGACGUUCUACUCUUGGCCUGUAGAAAGUAGAUGCAGAACGCAUUUGGGUGGGAACAAAAACUAAAAGACGACGUGACAACAACAAAAAAUCGGGAAAUGGAUCCAAAUUGAAAAAUAUGAAGCUUGUAUUUGGCUAUUUUCCUUCAUUAUAUCGUGGAGUUUGACAGUUGUUCCGGUCAUGAAUUUUUUUUUAAUGCUUUACAUUUCUGCGAGAGCUUUAAGGGGAGCUUUUUGUCGGAGCUUGCUUUAAAGUUAAGAUUUCAACCCUUUAAUCCGACACACGUUUCCUCAGCUUCUAGGUCAGGGAUGAACAUAUCUGCGUUUUCACCUUCCUGUGCGUUGCCGGUGAAAGCGACGGGAGGUUUGAUGAAGUUACAUUUUGUUAUUUGUCUCCUGAUGUUUUAAAAGCCAGCGACCGUUCUUACAGGGAAAUAAGCUAGCACUGAUGAAGUUUAACGCCUGCAGUAGGACUACUGUAGUACAGAAGACUGACGUGGCGUCCAGCCUGGUAUUGCACUCUCCACUUUAAAGAUUUGGUGUUUAAGCAGGCUGUGUGGUCUGCAGCUGUGACAUUUUUUGUUUUUGUUUUAGGGAAUACUGCUCUCCAAAGCUAAGAGUUGACAUUUUGGUUGUAACGCUUAUUCACUUUCAGAACUGGAAGAAAAUUCAAGACAUUCUGUUCUUCCUAUUGUGAUUAGUAGAUUUCCUUAUUUUGACCUUGCCCUUAAAGCUACAGUAUGUAACUUUAUAUUUAAAAAUCUGUUUUUUACAUGUUUGGUCAAACUGCGACUAUGUCCUGACUGUAUGGGAUGAGACAGAUAAUCUGUGAUCUCCUCCAACUUCUUUCUAAGCUAUUAUAACGAUAUGUAAAAUGCACAGCUUCCGGUCAAAAACAACCGAUCAGAGCCAGGAGGAGUGUCUUAGCACUUUCAAUCAUAUUCAUGUGCUUGCUGCUAAAUGGGUCAAUGAUGCAUUCAAACCCAAUGCGUUAUGCGCGUCAAAAACACAUCUGACGCUUCAAGUUUGACACGUGCACUUUUGGUGCGUUCACAUCAAACACAUUUUGAGUGUCAGGUGAGUCUGGUUUACAUUCAAAGUCUCUGUGGAGCAUCGUACAUGUUAGGCGCGCUCAAACGGUUCAAAUGGCGCCUCCACGUAUAGACUUACGCACCUAAUGCUCAAAACGCGUUUGGUGUGAACGCACCACAAUGGCAGAGAAACGGCUCACCGUUACAGGAAAACGUUUUAACGGCCGUCUUCGGCGGCCAUGUUAACUAGCCUUAGCAUUCAUGGCAGACUCAACAGUCAGGAUGGGCAAAGAGCAAGGAGGGGAGUGUCAACGGUGCAUAUGCGAACUGGUUGAAAACGCUAAGACCCUCCCCCCGGCCCUGAUUGGUUGUUUCUGUAGUUAAUACUAGAAGGCGGAUGUGUUCGAUUUCUUUUCUUUUCUUUUUUUUUUUUUUUUUUUUUUUUUUUUUUUACAGAUUAUCUGUCUUAUACUAUACUGACACAAAAUAGUGAUAGUUUUAAUAAAUAUGUAAAAAUGUGUAUGUCUUAUAAAAUUCACAUAUUGUAGCUUUAAUGCUUCUUAUCUUGCCUCGGCUAAUCACAGACACCUAUGAUGAUUUAAUUGAAAUAAUGCUCCAUGAACAUGAUGGUUAGAGACGGUGUAUGUAUGUUGGAACUGAAAUUGUAACGUUUUUUUAAUGAAGUAGUACAUAUAUAAAUAAUUUGGCUAAUAAAUAGUGGGAUUAAUACCCAACAAGCCUUUAUUUAGUUAAAAAUGCACCAAGGCAAUGUCUAAAUGGCCCAUACAUAUGUAGACUAAAAUUGGUAUGUAUUUGAUCUAGAACUGAACAUUUUUUAUGUCUGAUUUCGGUUUUUCGAUAUUUAUUAUCAGUCUAAAUGUAGACUUGUUUAAGCCUAGAAUAACAAGGAAAAAAACUUUUAAACAUGAGCUACACAAAUGCAAAUAGUAUAAUUGUUAAUAUGUACUGCUCAUAGUUUUGAUGUUGCUGUAAACUGUCCUUUUUUAAAAAAAAUCCAAAUCAUGAUGGUUUUAUGAGCAGCUUGAUCGCAGAGGGGCUGUUUGAGACUUUGUGGUUCUGGUUGGAGAUGAAGGUUGAUGAGGAGCUUCGGGUAUUUUCCUUUCAUUAAAACAAACCCAGAAAGCAUCUUCUGUUCACUUAGACAUUCCAGAUAAAAGUGUGCAUUGCUCCAUCCACCAGUACAGCAGAAAUGUGGAAAUCUGUCAUAUUUACCACAAAUGCUCAACAUACAGAUCUCAAAUUGACAAAAAUAGUUUCUUUUUAUGAACAUAUAAGAAAAAGAAAGUGUCAAAAGUGGACCAGUUAGCCUUUGUUUUUCUUAAACAUACUUUUGUCUUUUUUAUUUUGCUUUAUGCCAUGUUAUUUAUUUAUUCUCCAGUUCUAAAUAUUGGUGUCAUAAACAAGCUUUAGCUUUGGAGCUCAAUAUUCACUCUGCUCUAGCUGAGCUAAGCUAACAAGCUGCUAGCUUGAGCUUUUUGUUGAAGGCUAAACAUGAAUACGCAGAAUUUCUAAAGUGGAAUUUAAUUAACUUAAAUUAAACUCCUGUAGCAACCACCUUUGGACAUGUUUUGUUCUAAAGCACAAUUUUUUGGAUCAUAUUGAAUCUUCCCGUGUAAAAGUGAUGCAAUGAACUGUUGGCACUAGUCUGUAAAUACUAAUCAGAGGUUUGCUUCUGACGCAUGUGUACACGGUGCCAUAAAACAGAAAUUCAGCUUUUAACGUGUGCUACAUUUUUAUUUUUCUGCCAGUUAAGACUGAAAGUAUAGAGGUUUACACUCCCAGUGGGAAAACGGUUCGUAGAAAACUGUAUGCGUUGUGUACUUUUCAAGUGAUGACUAAUUGUUGGUGUAAUGUUUUAUAUAUGUAACAUCUGCACAGACAAGUAUUUUACAGAUGUGGAUGUGACGUAAAAUGUCACUGUUUUCUAUGUACUACAUAUUCCUGAACUGUCCAAUAGAAAUUCUACGACGGGGA